UUUGAUUUAUCCUUCAAAGUAGAAAUAACUUAUUUUGGUUUCUACAAACAAAUUUAAUGGUGUUGGGGCAGAGCAGAACAGAGCAGAGCUGAGGUGAGGUGAAAGAAUAUCGAAGUUAGACGUCUCAGGGAAAAGAUUCAGGAUGUCGGACAACAAAGCAGUGAUUAAGAACGCGGACAUGUGCGAGGAGAUGCAGCAAGAUGCUGUCAACUCUGCCACCAAGGCAAUGGAGAAGCAUAACAUCGAGAAGGAUGUUGCCGCGUACAUUAAGAAGGAGUUCGACAGGAAGUACAACCCCACCUGGCACUGCAUUGUGGGCCACCACUUUGGUUCGUAUGUAACCCAUGAGACUCGCAACUUCGUAUACUUUUACCUGGGCCAAGUGGCCGUUUUGCUCUUCAAAAGCGGCUAAGCGAUGUCAAAACAACAAUGCAGUUCUCAAUCCCAGACUAACCACGAAAUGAAAUAUCAACUUCUUGGGACGCAUUAAUAAUCGCAAUUCAGUUCUAUUUUCGAUACCUGUAGCUGCCGUUAUUUCCAAUCCAUUAUUUAAAGUGUAAUCCUGGCCCAUGCUAAUCUCUACAAAAUUCUAAAAGCCCAUCAAAUUCUUUAAAAAUUAAAUUAAAUGCUC